UUUAGUAAGUUCCAUGCAAAGGACGAACAUAUAAUAUAUAACAACAACUUCUCUCUUCUCUCUUGAUCUCUCUCUCUUUUUCAAGCUUCUUUAAUGGCGGCGGCUGUUCAAUAUCUUCUAACUUUCCUCUUCUUGUUUCUUCUCCAAAACGCUACGUCAUCAGCUUCACCUCUCCCUCUCUUCCGUCAGCCGAUCCGUAACCAUACCAACCACAGCAACUUCGCCAAGCAUCCUCGCCGGAACCCCGUGGUUUUCCCGGUGAACCAUACUAGUUGUGAUCUGUUUGCUGGUGAGUGGGUACGCGAUGAGACGUACCCGCUUUACCGGGCUAAACAAUGCGGCGGAGGUAUCAUAGAUCCGGGGUUCGACUGUCAGACGUACGGCAGACCUGACUCAGACUACCUCAAGUUCCGGUGGAAGCCUUUCAACUGCAAUGUCCCUAGAUUCAAUGGAGUGAAGUUUCUACAGGAAAUGAGAGGCAAAACGAUAAUGUUCGUUGGUGAUUCGUUGGGUAGAAACCAAUGGGAGUCGUUGAUCUGUAUGAUCUCUUCAUCAGCACCGUCGAUUCUUACACGUAUCAUUCAUGAAGAUCCUCUCUCUACCUUCAAGAUCCUUGACUACAACGUGAAGGUGUCGUUCUAUAGAGCUCCUUAUCUUGUAGACAUAGACAAGAUUCACGGAAAGACAACUCUUAAACUCGACGAAAUCUCCGUCGAUGCAUCCAACGCUUGGAGAACAGCCGACGUUUUGUUGUUCAACACUGGUCACUGGUGGAGCCACACAGGGUCUUUACGAGGGUGGGAGCAGAUGGAGACAGGAGGGAGAAAUUACAAAGACAUGGAUAGGUUAGUGGCAUUGAGAAAAGGACUAAGAACAUGGUCUAAUUGGGUCCUUCGUUAUACCAACACUCCUCUCACUAGAGUUUUCUUCCUCUCAGUCUCACCCACACAUUACAAUCCAAAUGAGUGGGCUUCAUCAAGAUCAAAAACUUCAACGUUAACGCAAGGAGCUAAAAGCUGCUACGGACAAACAACACCGUUCAGUGGAACAUCGUAUCCAACAAGUUCAUAUGUAAACCAAAAGAAAGUGAUCGACGACGUGGUUAAAGAGAUAAAGUCUCAUGUCUCGUUAAUGGAUAUAACUAUGCUCUCUGCUCUUCGUGUCGAUGGUCAUCCAUCGAUAUAUAGUGGAGAUCUUAACCCUUCUUUGAAAAGAAAUCCUGACCGUUCGUCUGAUUGUAGCCAUUGGUGUCUUCCUGGACUGCCCGAUACUUGGAACCAACUGUUUUAUGCUGCUUUGUUGUAUUGAAGAAUUUGAUUAACCAAAAAGAUCAAUCAAAUGUAUCUAUUUUAUAUAGUUUCCUAAUUUCUAUAUGUGUAAGUUCACUAAGUUUGUAACAUGUAAUGUAAUCAAACAUAUAAUUGUGAUUUGUGAAGAAGCACCCUAAUCCCUAUCUUUUUAUUUGUGA